AACGAAGACGCAAAUUAAUCUUUUUUCUUCACAAAAAAGAAAGAGAGCGAAAACGAGUGAGAGCGAGUCAGUGAGUUGAAGAUGGCGGGUGCGGCACCGACUCGGGUACUGAUGGGAGUGAACGAGUCGACGAUCAAUGGUUACCCGCACGCCUCCAUAAGCUCCCGCAAAGCCUUCGAGUGGACUCUCGACAAGAUCGUCCGCUCCAACACCUCCGGCUUCAAGCUUUUCUUCCUCCAUGUCCAAGUUCCUGACGAAGACGGUUUUGACGACAUGGAUAGCAUCUAUGCAUCACCGGAGGAUUUUAAAAGCUUGAAGCGUAGAGACCAGGCAAGAGGGGCUCAUCUGCUGGAGUUCUUUGUUGAGAGAUGUCAUGCAAUUGGGGUUGCUUGUGAAGCAUGGAUCAAAAGAGGUGAUCCCAAGGAAGUAAUCUGCCAUGAGGUGAAGCGCUUGCAGCCAGAUCUUCUGGUUGUUGGCUGCCGUGGUCUUGGUCCUUUCCAGAGGGUUUUCGUGGGGACUGUGAGUGAAUUUUGCGUGAAGCAUGCUGAAUGCCCUGUCAUCACAAUCAAGCGCAGUGCUGAAGAGACACCCCAGGAUCCUGUUGAUGACUGAAGCCAGUCUUUGUACCUAAAAGUAUGAAACCAACUGAAAAGAACUACAUUGAUUUCAUUGUAGGAAUUUGAAUUCUUUGUAUUGUUGAGGUAUUGUGCUAUGUAAGGAUGAGCUUGGAUGUUCCCUGGUGUGUUGAAUGUGUUUUGAACUAGUUGAUGAGUUUUCUUUGUCGUAGCCGAUAGUAUGGUCUGGUUGCUAUG